ACGCGUUUCUGUUCAUAUUGUUCAUCUUAUAUAAGGACAACACUUGGGACUUACUUUUGAAGGAGCUGGACGCUGCUCUUCAACAUAGCCAUUGCCUUAGAGUCCCGAGAUACCUUCGAAUCUCCAACGCAGGUGGGAGCAGUGAUGGCGAGGGUGAAGAAGAGAGCGGCGGCGAUGGCGGCGGCGGAUGUGAUGUGGGUGAUGCUGUUGAUGGAGAUGAUGGGGUUGAGCGGGUCGUUCAGGUUCGGGGUAGGAGUUGAUGGGGUGAGGAUGGACUACUACCUCAUGUCCUGCCCCUUCGCCGAGCAGAUCGUGAUGAACACUGUCACCUCCGCCCUCCAGUCCGACCCUACUCUCGCCGCUGGCCUCCUCCGCAUGCAUUUCCACGACUGCUUCAUUCAGGGAUGUGAUGGGUCGGUGUUGAUAGAUUCGACCAAGGACAACACGGCGGAGAAAGACUCCCCGGCAAAUUUGAGCUUGAGAGGGUACCAAGUGAUCGACGAUGCGAAAGAGCAGAUCGAAGAGCAAUGCCCCGGCGUCGUCUCCUGUGCCGACAUCUUGGCUAUGGCAGCCAGAGAUGCUGUGUUUUUGGCGGGAGGUCCAAGAUACGAGAUACCAAAAGGGAGGAAGGACGGAUCGAGAUCGAGGAUAGAGGACACCAUCAACCUCCCCGCUCCGACCUUCAACGCCUCCGAACUCAUUCGCAUUUUCGGACAGCACGGCUUCUCCGCCAAAGAGAUGGUCGCUUUGUCCGGUGCACACACGUUGGGAGUGGCCAGGUGCUCGUCGUUCAAGCAACGGCUGAGAAACUCCGACCCGACCCUCGACUCCGGCUUCGCCCAGACGCUGUCCAAGACGUGCAGCGCUGGGGACACCGCGGAGCAGCCCUUCGAUGCCACGCGCAACGCCUUCGACAACGCCUACUACAACGCCCUGGUCAAGAGGGCGGGCGUGCUGACCUCGGACCAGACCCUGUUCGCCAGCGCCCAGACCAGAGGGACGGUGAGCGGGUACGCCAUGAACCAGGCCAUGUUCUUCUUCGACUUCCAGCAGGCCAUGCUCAAGAUGAGCCUGCUCGACGUUAAGGAAGGCUCCACCGGCGAAGUCCGUCUCAAUUGCCGCAAAAUCAACUGAUCCAGUCCCUCGUUCCUCCGUCGUCCUCCGUCGCCGGCCUUUGAUUUUGCCCGGAGAUAUGUACGGCGGACAUGACUAGCUCAUCACAUGUAACAUCAUCUACACUAGUUCAUCCUGCCCGAUACAUGGCUGUAACUUUUUGUGAGAUCAUGUAUUGUCGUGUGUGGAGUCACAAAUGUUUACCAAUAUGGGUGCUUGUUAGUUUGAUUUUUGUGUAGUCAAUGAAAUAAAAUAAUGUCCAGCGUGAGGUG